AAAAUGGGCUGAAGCCAUUGGACGGAACGUGGAAAACCUGAACGGGGUCAACUGUGGCAUAUGCGAAAAGCAUUUCCGUCCUCAUGAUUUUCGUGUGGGUGCUAACAGACGCGGCAAGGAUCGGAAACGGCGACUUCUGAAGAAAGAUGCUGUGCCGUUUGUGGAACUCGUAACAGGCCGCUCAACACCUCGUCUGACGAAAUUUGCAGACCCAUCGGCACGACGACUCCGACAGGAACAAGAGGCCGAAAACCGGACACAGGCAUUCUUCGCUGACGACCAGAUACAGAACCUUGCUGAUCUCUGUCAGAAACUAAAAAAGGAGCACCUGCCCGUGGGCUUCAGGGUGGCCGAAGUCAACGGUGAAGACGUGACAGUGAUCAGCAUAAGAAAAGAGGAAGUUAGAGAACCGGCUGGCAUGCCCGUUAUAACCCACAACAUCACCAUAUACGACGACCUUCGCUUCAAGCUGCACUGCCAAGGAACUGAUGUUUCGGUCAAGACAGUCUCUGAUAUCUGCUGCGUGCCUGGAGCGUUUUCAUCAGUGUCAGAAGUGCUGAACGUGAUUGCACGUCUGAAGAGUGUCACUGUGACAGUUGCUGCUCGUCUGUCGGCAGCCGCGACGCUCCUCGACACAAUCGCCGAGUCCAGCGAUGGCGAUGUCUGCCCAGUAGUUUGGAGGACUCUCGUCAAAGAGCAGAGCAGCAGGCAGCGUCUGUUCGGCAGCAACCUGCCGCGAGCAGUCUUCGUGAAUGUGGUGAGUGAAGUCAUCACAUCGGCCGAGAACGUGACUGUCUCAGACAUCAGCUGUGAAGGAGGCCACUGUCUUGCAACUGUAGUAUCGCGUAUGGCAGGCUCCCUAUUCAAUUUGUUCGCCAGCAACAUGGUCAAGGACGCCAACAGCCGUCUACACGGAAAAUGGAAGCGUUCCACAGACCCCGGCGCCAGUACCAGUAAGGAGAGAUGCUCUAGGGAAGACCAGAAGCGCCGCAAGUUAAGUGGGAGUAAGAAGACUUAGGACCAGCUCGGCUCCACUGCAUCUGCAGGCGCUGACUGACAGCGUUAUCUAGUGGCCGAUAUUUAAGUUACCUUUGUGCACCGGCACAGUAUGCCUUCAGGCGCUGACUCACAGUGCCAUCUAGUGGCCAGUAUGUACGUUACAUUUGUGCGCCGGCACAGUAUGGCUCAGCGCGACCCGGGUCAAACGUAUAUACGCCCGCCGCCAGUUCUCCGUGUCUUGUCCUGUUAGUUUCUGGAGCUGGAAGAGUGACAUCGCAGGAGCGUCACAGUUCCAAUAGUGUAUCAUUGUGAUCAAUUUCUGUGAUAAUUGUGGCUUGCAUUCAUUGUAUUACGAUUCAUUGUGAUGUGCGAAUUAUCAUAAACAAGCAACCACUAUCUGCGAGU